AAUACACUGACUCUCAACAGUUGCAAGGAGAGAAAACUAUGCCAGGGAAUCUAAGACAAGUUGACAUGGAGAGAGAUGACGAGGAAGCGCCGAACUCCUUGCAAGAUACGCAUAGUCUAGACUCCUCCUCCUCUGACGGUGCGGUGCUGAGAUCCAGGACGUCGGUCAGGCAGGAACUACAACAGUUCAUCCGGUCUACGAGAUGCCAGGUGUUGGUGGUGGCACUAGUGGUAGUGGACAUGACUUUAGUUAUCACAGAGUUGCUCUUCGACCUGGAAAUGCAAGGUGCCCCCUCCCCCGUCCCGUUUGUGAUGCACACACUCUCCAUAAGCCUGCUUGCACUCUUCCUCGUUGAAAUUGGCUUGAAGAUUUAUGCUUACCGCUUUGACUUCUUCACGCGGAAAGGUGACAUAUUCGAUGCCAUUGUUGUCAUUGUUGCCAUCUGCCUUGAUGCUGUAUACCUUCACUCCCACGAUGCCCACUCUGGGGUAGGCCUCAUCAUUGUGCUGAGACUGUGGAGAGUUGUGCCCAUACAGAAAGCCAUGGUAGUUCAGGUCCGAAAAGUGGGAGAGAAGAAACUCCUGCACGAACAACAAAAUCGGUACCUGGCUGAACAAGAGGCUGAGAGAUACCGCACGUACAGUUACUCACAAGACAUGUACAUCAAAGCACUCGAGGAGCUGUUGAGAAGAAAUGGGAUCUCAUAUCAGGAGGAGUGCAAGAAUUUGCCGGAUAUUAACAGAAUCAGUGUGGUUGCAGAGGUAAAUACAAAAGAGUGAAGAAGUAGAAUAAAGGGGGAAAACAUGGUAUGUAGAAAACAUACGGAUUUGAGGCUAAAUGGGUUUAUUUCAGGAAUGAGGCAUUUUAUGUUUUCAUUUGAUUCUUAUAACUGCAUUUAUCAUUAAAAGAAACAUUAGUCAAAAGCAUUAUUAAUGUAAUGUCAGCAUUUAUACAGAUUUUAGUAUUCAUUUGAUAUGUCUAAUAAUAUGUCUUUAAGACUACUAAGAAUUAUAAAGUAAAUUAUUUUGUAUGACCAUUUGUGAUCUCAAUCAAAGUACUGAAUUUGUCAAAGACUAAAAUCAGUCUUAAAUAAGAUAUACUUAAAAGCAGUAAUUUUCUUAAAUGGGAAUUUUUUUCUCAAGACAUAUAUGAUAUGUUGCAACAUACAAUUUUCAUAAUGUUUGUCGAUAACAGCAGCAAAGAGAUGUUUUUUAUCCUGAAACUGAUGCGGUCAUAUUGAAAUAUUUUAUGAGGCUAGAAAGUAAAAAGACACUUUAUGUAAGAAGUAGCACCAUAUCAAAGAUCUACUUUCUUUGGGAGCUAGAAUUCAACAUGACAUUUAAAGUGCAAUGUCGUGUUGCAAAUCGGUGUAAGAAAAAGUUUGUUUACGAAGAUUGCUGGUACAUGUACUACCUCAAAGAGGGUUUCAGUCACUUUCAUAUGAUGGCAUUUUAAACCAGUUAUUUCUUCUUGGUUUUGGCAAUAGCUGCCCCAGAUAGGGAUGGACGUAGAUAAAGGUAUAGAUAAGAUUGAGUAUCUUUUCAGAGUGCAAGAAGUAUAUUUGACUUACUUCAAUUUAACGAUUAUCAGAAUUACAUUUAUUAAUGACAGGGUUUUCAAUCCGAAUGCAUCAAAUACAUCUUAACCCUUUUCACUACUGUACAAUCAUAUAAUGCUGUAUGACCAUUGACAUCGAACACAUUUUGUUCUAAUAAUUAAGUCAUUUAUACCCCUUUUUUCACAAUACUUUACCAUAGUGCUGUAUGACGCUUGCUGACCUACACAUCUAUUUGUUUUAACCAUUAACCAUUAGACACCUCUUUUGCACUGUGAAGAUAUUGGUUCUCAUUCUUAUCUUUUCCUACAUUAUUAUCAGUUUAUUUGAUUUCCAGGUGAGUUUUAUAUUACGCAACCAGUGCCAUUAAACCAGCUGUCGGUCACUAUGAGUGAGAAUUUGAAUCUUCAAAAAAACUGUGCUUGAAGGAAAUAUAUUCCAUAAUGUUUAUGCUUUGAACAGUAAUGCCUCAGCAGAAGCAUUAGUUAUUAUAAAUGAUAUUCAUUUAAAGUAAGAGUCUUUAUAGCCUUUACAGGUUUCCAAAUCAGGAUUCCUGGGGGUACAUAUAUUUGUACACAUACUCGCAUACUUAAGUACACACACGCACACUCACACACACAUGUGUACACUUCCUUAGACUGAUAUAUAUACAUAGGCAUACAUAGUAUAGUUGCUCCUAAUGCGUGUGAUUAUGUUAGAUAUAUCCUUUUUUGGUAAAAGAUUUCAAGAGAAGAUGGUGAUUGGUUCUGAACCCCUGACUCGGUUCCCUGUCGUAGCCCUAGUGUGUUAGACAUUACUUGAAACAACUGUGAUGUAAAUUAAGCCAAUGCUGCUAGGAAAUGUAGUGUUUAUUGGAAUGUCUCUAUACAUAACUGGCACUACAAAUGUUUAGCCAGGUGAAGUGAUAUAGCUUUUGUGAAAAUUUUUAUUUAUUUAUUUUUUUUAAUAAUGCUAUUAAUAUCAGUAUAAUUAUUAUUAUUAUUAUUAUAGAUUUCAUGAGUAUUAUAAUGUUGACAUUAUUAAUAGCAAUAUUUGAUCAAAGAAUUUUUUUCCCGAAAUGAAAGAAAAGGGUAAUAUGGUUAGAUAGGUAGUACUAGUUAUUGGCUCAUUGGUGACUAAGCACUUAUGGAGCCAUCUGUGUGUAAGGAUAAUUAAUAAACUAAACUCACAAUGGCUAUCAGGUAAAUAAGGAUAUGAGGGAGGGUUAAAGGGCCAGGAUGGGUGUGAUCAAUCAGCAUGUGUGAUAGUGUUACUGUAGUCAUUUAUUCACUGUUAUAUAGACAGGAUAAUAGCAGCAUCUUGAGUUGUAUAUUGAUUAGUUACCUGGUGUGUGUAUACUCUGAAUUUCCAGUUAACUGUUACCAACAUUUGGGUAUUCUCACCAUGUAAAGUUUCAAUUACAGACCUUUUUUUUUUAUAGCUUAUCACAUUA